AUGCGUAGGAUGGGAAACCCUCGAAUUUCGAACUCGGUUUACAAAGCAUUAGUUUUCACUCUUGGUUUUUCCGUUGGGUGUUACUUUGCAACACCAUAUUUAUUCACCUAUACUCCAUUGUCGUAUUUCAAACGACACCCUCAACAGCUUCUUUUUGGCUUAAUCGGUGUGAAUGUUGGAGUGUUUUUGCUAUGGCGAGCACGUACUGUGGGACUCAGGACAAUGAAUGUCCUUAACAAGUACUUCCUCCUUGAAAGAGGACCGUCCAGAACAACGCAAUGGUCACUUUUAUGGUCGGGAUUCAGCCAUGAAAAUUUCACGCACUUGCUCAUGAACAUGUUCUGUCUAUAUUCAUUUGGAUCCACAAUGAUCCAGGUUCUUGGCGUGGUGAACUUCACUUCCUUGUAUCUAAUCAGCGGAGUUGGUGCUUCUUUUGCCUCGAUUCUGUUUUCGGCGGCAACUGGCUCGUUUGGAUUGUCUCUCGGAGCAUCCGGUGCCAUCUCUGCUGUUUUCGCCGCAUUUGCAACCAUUUUCCCCAAAGCUGGUAUCGCAUUCUUUUUCCUUCCUAUCCCAGGAGGAGCUCAAAUGGCAUUACUUGCAUUCACAGUUUACAAUGCGCUCGGGUGUGUUUACAAGUGGGGUGGUCUAGAUUACGCUGCCCAUUUGGGAGGAACUUUUUUGGGAUACCUAUAUGCCAAAAAAUUGCAACGGGAAAGACGCUAUCGAUAG